CCAACCCCCCCCCUCCACCACCUAACCGUCUCGCUGCUCAUUCCCAUACGCCGCUCUCAUUCACAACUUGCGCUUCCGCCCUUGGUCUCCUGGGAAAAAAAGUCGAAUAUACAUACAGACGCUUCUUCCUCUCCCUCUCGCCCCUCCUUCUCAUUGCUGUAACCUCCUCGCUCAACGACAACAACAACAACAAGCAACAAGAUGCUGUUCAAAAACCUGAUCGUCGUCGCUAUCGGCGCGGCAGUCUCAUGUUCCGCCCUCACCCCGCCCAUUCAGUCGCGGGAACUGUCCCUCAUCGAGGAACGAUCUUUGGAGGCUCGUGAACCACAUGCUGGUCAUCAACAUCGUCCUGCCGCUCCAGCACGUGCCGCUCCAGCGCGAGGUGCUGCUAAGGCCGCCGCUCCGGCCAGGGCUGCUCGCCCGGGUGCAAACAGAGCCAGGAAAGGUGCUGCUGCCGGUGCUGCCGGUGCCGCCGCUCCUGCCAAAGCCGCGCCCGCGGGUGCAAGGAAAGCCAGGAAAGGUGCUGCCGCCGCAGCACCCGCCGCAGCACCCGCCGCGGGAGCUGCCCCCGCUCAGGGAGCUGCAGCCAAGAAGGGUGGUCGUCUCGGUGGUGCCGCCGCCGGCGCACAAAAGCGAGCAGGAGCUAAGGCUCAGAAAGGCCGGAAGGGUCGUGGAGCCGCCGCUGGAGGAGCCGCCGCCGGAGGAGCCGCUGCUGGAACGGGAGCCGCCACCGGAGCAGCCCCCGCCGCAUCACCCGUCGCCGCACCCCCCGCCGCACGACAAGGCCCCAUCAAUGCCGCGCUCGGCGGAAACCGUGCCAGCGCAGCUGCCAUUGGCGGCAAUGCCUUCUGCCAGCAAUUCAACGGCCUUGCCAUCACGAACGGCCAGCCCGUCCCCGCCGGCGGUUGCGCAACCACCAUCCAAGGCGCCCUCCCCGAAGCCGUCAACAUGCCGUCCACCAUGAUCGUCUCCCCCGCGAACGGCGCCACCAUCCGCCGAGGCCAAAACAUCCCCGUCGUCGUCAACACCGCAAACCUCGUCACGGGCUUCUCCUCCAACCCCUCCACCGCUCUCUACACCACCCCGCAAACCCUCUCCGCCCAAGGAACCGUCCAAGGCCACCAGCACUUUGUCUUCCAAAAGAUCGCGGGAGCCGGUGCCCAACGCCCAAGCGUCCCCGACGCCCGCACGUUCGCCUUCUUCCAGGGCCUCAACUCCGCCGCCGACGCCAACGGAAACCUGCGCGCAACCAUCCCCGCUGCGAGCGUCGCCGCGGCCGGACCGGGCAUGUACAGGCUGUGCACCAUGGCCGCGUCAAACUCCCACCAACCCCUCGUCAUGCCCGUUGCCCAGCGUGGAGCGCAGGACGACUGUGUUCGUAUCAAUGUCGUGUAAAAACGUUUCCCCUCCAACAUUUUGGUUCCGGUCUGUCUGUAGAUAUCUCCCCACUUUUCCCACCUUUAGACUCAUCCAUUUGUAAAUGUCUGCCCCGAGGCUAGCUUCCCCUUAGAUUGGUUUUUGUACAUUUCGCGCGCCCUACCCCGACCCGGUCUAUUGUACAUCCCUGCUGGACGUAGGUUGGACACACACAUACUCACUGUUGUAUAUGAAAAGAAUAAACGUUUGAUCCGAAGACUU